ACAAAUUCCCCCAAAUUCACACCCACAAGCCAAAACCCUAAAAAAGCAAUUGCCCCAAAACCCAAUCACACACCCCCACACUAGCCCCACUAAUCCUCUCUCCUUCACAGUGUCACCUGUCGCCUUCAAUCGCGACUUUCCCACCACUCACGACCCACUUUUUUUUCUCUCUCUCCCUCUCUCUCCCCUGCUCCGCCUGCUCGGCUACGCGGUAUAAAUCCCGGGACUCGUGGGUUUUCUCGGAGAUGAGUCAAGCCUCCGAGGAAGAGCCGGGUGCCGUGGCUCAGUCGCUCGAGGUUGCGAAAUCGCCGUCGCCGUUGCCUCCGGCCGAGAAAGCGGAGGACUUGUCAGGAGUCGUCGCCGCCGCAGCGGCUGCCGAGGAAGAGUGCCCGGAGGAUUGCAGCGCGGAGGAGCCGAUGGAGGAGGACUCCGUGAGCAGCCCGGCCACCGUGUUCUCGAUUCAGCUGAGGCAGCCCCGGUCCGAUUUGAUGCACAAGAUGAGCGUCCCCGAGCUGUGUCGGAAUUUCAGUGCUGUUGCUUGGUGUGGGAAGCUAAAUGCGAUAGCUUGUGCGUCUGAAACUUGCGCAAGAAUUCCUAGUUCGACUGCUAAUCCACCAUUCUGGAUUCCUAUCCAUAUUGUUAUUCCUGAGCGCCCAACCGAGCGUGCUGGUUUUAAUGUCAAAGCAGAUUCUCCUAGAGAUUCUGUUCAAUUUAUUGAAUGGUCCCCGAGCUCAUGCCCUCGAGCAUUACUAAUAGCUAAUUUUCAUGGGAGUGUCACUAUCUGGACUCAACCAUCUCAAGGGCCAGCUAAUCUGGUAAAGGAUGCUAGCUGCUGGCAAUGUGAGCAUCAAUGGCGGCAGGAUAUUGCUGUUGUUACAAAGUGGUUAUCUGGGGUGUCUCCGUAUAGGUGGCUUUCCUCUAAAUCUAGUACUCUCGCUAAUUCGAAGUCAACUUUUGAGGAAAAAUUCCUUUCCCAGCAGUCACAAACUUCAGCUAGAUGGCCCAAUUUUCUCUGCGUAUGUUCCGUUUUUUCAUCUGGAUCUGUUCAGUUAAACUGGUCCCAGUGGCCUCCAAGUCAGAGUGGUGUUGCGCCAAAGUGGUUUCACACAAGUAAAGGACUCUUGGGUGCUGGUCCCAGUGGGAUCAUGGCUGCUGAUGCAAUCAUAACAGAUAGUGGUGCGAUGCAUGUUGCAGGCGUUCCAAUAGUAAACCCUUCAACCGUUGUUGUGUGGGAGGUCACUCCUGGUCCUGGAAAUGGAUUUCAAGCAACUCCAAAGGCUAGUGCAACAACUGGGGUCCCACCUUCGGUCAAUCCACCCAAUUGGGCUGGCUUUGCUCCUUUGGCUGCUUAUUUGUUCAGUUGGCAGGAGUACUUAUUGUCUGAGGCGAAGCAAGGCAAAAGGCAGACGGAUCAAGAUCUAAAUGAUGCAGUAUCUCUGCAUUGUUCACCUGUUUCAAACUUUUCUGCUUAUGUGAGUCCUGAAGCUGCAGCGCAAUCAGCAGCGACCACCACAUGGGGUUCGGGUGUUACAGCUGUUGCGUUUGAUCCUACGUGCGGCGGCUCUGUUAUAGCUAUUGUUAUAGUUGAGGGGCAGUACAUGUCCCCUUAUGAUCCGGAUGAGGGUCCUUCAAUUACAGGAUGGAGAGUACAACGCUGGGAAUCAUCUCUUCAGCCUGUUGUUAUCCAUCAAAUCUUUGGUAACCCUAGUUCUAGUUUUGGUGGGCAGGCACCCAUGCAAACAGUUUGGCAAUCAAAAGUUGACACAAGCAUACCACCAACAAGUGAUUUCAAAUCCCAUCAAUCACUUGCCACAGGACCUACCUCUGAUGGUGUGAAGACAUCUGAUUCUGGCGCUGAGAGGGCGAAAAGGGUCUCUUUUGAUCCCUUUGACUUGCCAAGUGAUGUCAGAACACUUGCUCGAAUUGUCUAUUCUGCACAUGGUGGAGAGAUCGCUAUUGCUUUUCUACGAGGUGGGGUCCACAUUUUUUCAGGGCCAAAUUUUGCAGCUGUUGAUAAUUACCAGAUUAAUGUUGGCUCUGCAAUUGCUGCUCCUGCCUUCUCUUCCACAAGCUGCUGCUCAGCUUCUGUUUGGCACGACAGCAAGAAGGACCAAACCAUGCUGAAGAUUAUUCGUGUCCUUCCUCCUGCUCUUCCUAGUAGUCAAGUAAAGGCUAACUCAUCCACCUGGGAACGUCCAAUUGCUGAGAGGUUUUGGUGGAGUCUUAUGGUUGGUGUUGAUUGGUGGGAUGCUGUUGGGUGCACGCAGAGUGCUGCCGAGUGCGAGAUUGUUUCCCUCAAUAGUGUCAUUGCGGUUUUGGAUGCUGAUUUCCAUUCUCUUCCUUCGACUCAUCACAGGCAACAGUAUGGACCUAGUCUUGACCGUAUAAAAUGCCGGCUUUUGGAAGGUACAAAUGCUCAAGAGGUCAGGGCAAUGGUACUAGAUAUGCAAGCUAGGUUGUUGCUAGAUAUGCUGGGGAAGGGUAUUGAGUCUGCUUUGGUGAAUCCUUCAGCCUUAGUACCUGAGCCAUGGCAGGCAUCUAGUGAAAUGUUUGCUGGAAUCGAUCCUGAAGCUCUGGCUGUUGACCCGGCACUUGUCCCUAGUAUACAGGCUUAUGUUGAUGCAGUUCUUGAUCUGGCUUCACAUUUUAUCACAAGGUUACGGCGCUAUGCUAGUUUUUGUCGCACAUUGGCCAGUCAUGCUGUCAAUGCAGGAACUGGCAGUAACCGGAACAUGGUCACUAGUCCAAACCAAACAUCAGCAUCUCCCACGACAAGUCAAGCUGGUCAAAGUGGCACUGCAAGCUCUUCUGGCAGCACCCAGAUAAAUGCCUGGGUACAAGGAGCUAUUGCCAAGAUUAGUAACACAAGUGAAGUAGCCUCCGGUGCAGCUCCCCCCAUAAGUGGUCCAUCAUCCUUCAUGCCAAUCAGUAUCAACACAGGAACGUUUCCUGGAACACCAGCUGUUAGACUGAUUGGUGACUGCCAUUUCCUCCACAGAUUGUGCCAAUUACUUCUCUUCUGCUAUUUCUUCCGGCGAAGCCAGUUACCUCGCUUUGCGGGUACUGCUCAGAGAAUGAGCGACUCAAAUGGGCAAAAACCACAGCCUGGUGGCCCUGGCAAGGUCGAAGAAAUGAAUUCUAAUUCCACAAAGCCGGCAUCAUCCAUCACCAGGUCAGAUGAAGGUCAUGGAGCUCGUGCUGGUCAGGUGACAACCGGAUCAAAGGCAGCGGAAGAAGGUCCUGCUGGAAGGUCAAGAUUGGGGUCGGGUAAUGCUGGCCAAGGAUACACAUUCGAAGAGGUGAAGGUCCUUUUUCUCAUCCUUAGAGAUCUUUGUCUCCGAACGGCUCCUCUAGCACAUCCUUUGCCAGUUUCUCAGGUUGGGAGCGGCGGCAUUCAGGUUCGAUUGCAUUACAUAGAUGGGAAUUACACUGUAUUGCCUGAAGUUGUGGAAGCAUCCCUGGGUCCAUAUAUGCAGAGUAUGCCCCGGCCUAGAGGCGCGGAUGCAGCUGGUUUGUUGCUUCGCGAAUUGGAGCUUCAUCCGCCUGCUGAAGAGUGGUACAGGCGCAAUAUGCAUGGUGGUCCUUGGUCCGAUCCAGAUGAUGCAGGUCCAGAGGAUAACCCGAAAUCGAGCAACAGUACUUCGGAUUCAAGCUCUUUUGAAGCUUUUGAUGCGUAUCCUGGGGUCCUCAGUUUAUGGCCAAGGAAGCGUAGGAUGUCAGAGAGAGAUGCGGCUUUUGGAUUGAAUACCUCGGUGGGCUUGGGUGCGUAUCUUGGUAUAAUGGGAUCUCGAAGGGACGUCAUCACAGCCGUGUGGAAAACUGGUCUGGAUGGAAUGUGGUAUAAAUGCAUGAGAUGCUUGAGGCAGACUUCUGCUUUUGCUUCGCCGGGCUCCGCUAGUCCACCCAAUCAAAAUGAGCGGGAGACUCAUUGGAUCAGCCGAUGGGUUCAUGGAUGUCCAAUUUGUGGUGGAGCUUGGGUCCGGGUUAUGUAAAUGGCCCUUAUUCCUUACAUUUUGCCUCUGUUGUAUAAAUGAAGCUCCUAUCUUCUCAUUUGUUGAUCCGUUCCAUGUGGAAGAUCUUGUUAAGUUCAUCCCCAAAGGUUGAUUUCGGGAAGGUUCUCAGGAGGGCAAUGUUGUUGGCUUCUGGUGUCGCCAAGAGAAAGUCGAGAUGCACCCAGACAGCCUUGGGGAAGGCCUAAUGAUAAGACACCUUGGUACAGUACCUAAUGGUUCAGCAGAACUACUUGGUCUAGCCAAGAUUCUUGACCUUGACAACGAAAAUGGUGGUGCAUUGAAGGCGGUAAUUUGGCCGGUUCCUUCUAUCUGUUUCUACUCCCGCGUUCCUUGCAAUUACCAGAGUCCUGAUAGCGCUGCAAGUACAUGCCGGAACACUGUUGUAAAGGAAUAAAUUUCGUACAGCUGAGAAGGUUAUAUCUUCUUGUUUA